CUCAUCUCGUAUCUUUUCCCCCGACUUCCCUUUCUCUUCUACACCCGCCUACCAAAGUCUCCUCCCACAAGAUACCGUGAAACUCCCACUCGUUUACCUCCAUCAAGGAACGGGCUACUCCAAAACGAGCGCAUGACGACAACUCCAGAGCCUGAUGAACCUCCGGCACAGAUCCAGUCGCCCCGAGACUCAGCAAUUGCCAGCCCAGGGUUUGAAUUUUUCCAACGUGUCCAGGUUGGUAGUUGCUAAUGAAACUCGCAGGUGGGCUUCUAGCACCUAUUCAGUGAACUCGGAAGACCUGGGAUAUUGGUGGCUAGGGAACCGUCUCUAUGGACGUGGCUUCCCGUUUCCCAUCGAUGAUAGGGCAAAAGAAGACCACGAUGCCCGACAUGCCGUGUUUAAGAAAAUUCUGAAGAAUCGGAACUUCUGUGCGCCCGUCAGUCUGGAGGGCGCAGAUGUGCUUGAACUGUACACUAGAACGGGCAAACUGGCCAUGGAAAUCGCGGACGAAAAUCCGGCUUGUUCAGUGAUCGGCGUUGACGAGAGCCAAAUGCAGGUAGAAUUGGUUCCGCCAAACCUUCGAUUCGAGAUUUGUGAAGAUGACAACAGCUGGACAUGGAGACGGCCGUUUCGAUUUAUCAUCAUGCGUCAACAUGGAGUGUUUGUAAAAGACUUGCCGGGUCUAAUACGUCGAUGUUCUGAGAUUCUCGAAGAUGGAGGCUGGAUAGAAUUCCAACUUUUGACCUUGAGUCACCAUUCGCAAUCUGAACAGCAAGUUCCAACGGGCGAGGAAAGCAAAGUUCGGGAUAUACAUCGUUAUCUAUCACGUGGACUGGCCAAACUCGGGCUACAGCUGGAUAUACAUGACAAGCUUACUCAGAUGCUCGAGGAGAAAAGUUUUCACAAUCUCGAACACCGGGAGUUUCCUGUACCUCUUGGACGGUGGCCAAAAGACAAGGAAUUGAAAGAUCUAGGUAAUCUGUGGUUGGAGGUACUUCACGGUGAACUGGAAGCAUUAAUGCUCCUGCCCUUGAGCGAGGGCCUCAAGUUAGACUACCAGCAUAUUCAAUUAAUUCUCAAGGACAUUCGGAAUGACUUAACAAGAUGUGCAAGAUCACAAUGGGUAACCAAAGUUCAUAUUGUCUACGCACAGAAAGGAUGUGAAGGUAGAACCACAUAGAUUUCGCGUACAUUAACGGGGUAAACUUUCCGAGGUAUGCAUAUUCUGGACUUUCUUCUCGUGCCUCAUGAGGCCUCCCGAAAAGGUGAAACCUGGAUGACCAGUUUUUUGUAAAGUCUUGAAGCCGUGGGAUUUUCUCUUGGGCCAGUAUAUGAAACCCAUCUCGGAACGAACCCUUCCAACGGUCGAACCACCAGCAACGGCCACCACACCAGAUAACACCAUGAUUACGUCCACGUGUAAAGUGUGGACACAAUGGAUGGGUUCACUUGGGAAGUGUCUUGGUAUGCGGCCAAAGAGAAGCGGAACCUGGUUCUGAUCGGACCGGAGGAGUUGGAAUCGUAUUGGGUCAUGGAUGGAUCGGAU